CUGACUUGCUCACUCCCCCGUCCGCUUCCGCUCUGCUCGCCUCUGCUUCGAGCUGGUCGUCGCCGUCGGCGAGCGGGAUCACACGCCACUCGCGGGAUGUCGCCUUCGUCCUCGGCGGCGAAGACCGUCGCCUUCGUCGGCGCCGACGGGCUGAGCGCCGCGCUCGCCGCUUCUUUCGCCCGCUCCGGCGCGAUCGUCCGCUUCUACAUCGACCGCAAGGCGGAUGGAUCGGCGGCGACGGCGCUCGCGGAGCAGGGCGGCGGCGUCCGAUGCGUGAGCCCCGCUGAAGCCACGCGAGAUUCUGCGCUAGUCGUUGUGCUCAGUGACGCCGAUGGUGUAGAUGAGUUGUUCUUUGGAGCUCAGGGUAUAGUGCAAGGAUUGUGCAAAGAGGCCGUUGUAUUAAUUCGGUCGACGUUGGUGCCUAGCCAUCUUGAGAAGUUGGGGCAGAAGCUUGCAGAUGAGAAGAAGGGUAUCUUCCUUCUUGAUGCUUACAUUUUUAGUGGUUUAUCUGAUGAACUGAAGCAAAAUAUUGUCGUUGUUGCAUCUGGGAGAAAGGAUGUAGCAGAAAGAGCUGGGCAAUUCUUCUCCGAUCUUGACAAAACCAAUUACUUUGUCGAAGGUGAAUUUGGCUGCAGCAGCAAAAUUAGGUUGGUUAAUGACUUGCUGGAGAGCAUUCAUUUUGUUGCUUCUACUGAAGCAAUGUUUAUUGGUGUUCGAGCUGGGAUUCAUCCAUCAAUUAUCUACGACAUAAUAUCAAAUGCUGCAGGAAGCUCAAGGAUUUUUGUGGAGGUGGUUCCAAAAUUUUUGAGUGAAGAUCCAUUGCUUAUUGAUUUUCUGAAGUCACUAAAGAAACAUGCAGAUGUGAUAUUGAAAAUGGAGGGUCCGGCACUAGCAAUUGGAAGAGAGGAGAUUUCUUGUUUGAUCAAGAGCUACGUGAUGGAUACGGCUAAAGCAGCAACGUUCCCUCUGCCACUUCUAGCUGUUGCCUAUCAACAAUUAAUACAUGGUUCUUCAGCAGUAAUUGGCAAUGAAUCCGCUUCGCCGUUGAAGGUUUGGGAACAACUAUUUGGAGUAAACAUCGUAGAUGCUGCCAGUCAACAAAUCUAUGACGCAAGCAAAUUAGCUGACCAGCUUGUUAUGGCCUCGAAAGCAGCAAAGAGGAUCGGCUUUAUUGGUCUUGGAGCUAUGGGCUUUGGAAUGGCAUCUCAUUUGCUAAAAUCAGGGUUCUCCGUAACUGCUUAUGAUGUCUACAAGCCAACACUGGCCAGGUUUGCUGCUUUAGGUGGAUUGACCAAAGAUUCUCCUGAGGAAGUAUCAAGAGAUGUGGAAAUCCUUAUCAUCAUGGUUGCAAAUGAAGUUCAAGCUGAAAGUGUCCUAUAUGGAAAUGCUGGUGCUGUCUCAGUUUUGCCAGCGGGAACAUCCAUCAUUCUGUCAUCUACAGUUUCUCCUGGCUUUGUGACUCAACUCAAAGGAAGAUUGGAAGCUGAAUGCCGAGAGAUAAAGUUGGUUGAUGCUCCGGUAUCUGGUGGUGUCAAGAGAGCAGCGGACGGGACACUAACUGUAAUUGUUUCGGGAACAGAUGAAGCUCUGCAUUGUACGGGUAGAGUUUUGUCAGCACUAAGUGAGAAACUAUAUCUCAUCAAAGGAGGAUGCGGAGCUGCGAGUUCUGUUAAAAUGGUGAACCAACUUCUUGCUGGGGUCCAUAUAGCCUCAGCAGCUGAAGCAAUGGCAUUUGGUGCUCGAUUAAAUUUGCGAACAAGAAGAGUUUUCGAAAUUAUUCAACAUGCAAGAGGUUACUCGUGGAUGUUUGGAAACCGUGUGCCACACAUGCUUGAUAAUGAUUAUACACCUUUAUCUGCGGUGGACAUAUUCGUCAAGGAUCUUGGUAUAGUAUCUCGUGAAAGCUCCAACUUGAGGAUCCCAUUGCAUGUCUCUAGUGUUGCUCAUCAGCUGUUUGUUUCAGGCUCUGCUUCUGGAUGGGGUCGAUAUGAUGAUAGUGCUGUUGUAAAGGUAUAUGAGACAUUAUCUGGAGUAAAAGUAGAAGGAAGACCACCCAUGCUUAAUAAAGAAGAUGUCCUGCGUUCUCUUCCUGUUGAGUGGCCAGAAGUUCCAAUGGAUGAUCUUGUUUCCUCUGCAUCUCAAGAUAGCAAAAAGGUUCUUGUAGUUUUAGAUGAUGAUCCAACUGGAACUCAAACAGUUCAUGAUAUAGAGGUCUUAACUGAAUGGCCAGUUGAAGCCCUCACAGAGCAGUUUCUGAAACUACCAACCUGCUUUUUUAUUUUGACAAACUCCCGUUCAAUGAUUGCUGAUAAGGCCGCACUGUUAGUAAAAGAUAUCUGCAGAAAUCUUGAAGCUGCAGCAAAGACUGUCCCUGGUAUUAGUUAUACAGUGGUCUUGCGAGGUGAUUCCACUCUACGUGGCCAUUUCCCAGAGGAAGCUGAUGCAGUUGUUUCAGUAUUAGGCGACAUGGAUGCUUGGAUAAUAUGCCCAUUCUUCCUUCAAGGUGGGCGGUACACUAUUGAUGAUAUUCAUUAUGUUGCAGACUCUGAAAGAUUGAUUCCUGCUGGUGAGACUGAGUUUGCCAAGGAUGCAGCUUUUGGCUAUACAUCUUCCAAUCUCAAACAGUGGGUUGAAGAAAAGACUAAAGGAAGGAUUUUGGAGAACCAAGUUUCAACAAUUUCCAUAAGUCUUUUACGUAAAGAAGGACCAGAUGCAGUCUGUCAGCUUCUCUGCAGCUUGGAGAAGGGCUCUGCGUGUAUUGUCAACGCUGCCAGUGAAAGGGACAUGAAUGUCUUUGCUGCUGGAAUGAUCCAGGCUGAAUUGCAAGGAAAGCGGUUUCUGUGUCGCACAGCUGCAAGUUUUGUGAGUGCUAGAAUUGGAAUCAAGCCAAAGCCACCUAUCCGCCCAAAUGACCUUGGAUUAAAAAGAAAUUUAGCGGGAGGCCUCAUAGUUGUUGGUUCUUAUGUGCCAAAAACUACGAAGCAGGUCGACGAGCUUCGUUCACAAUGCGCACAAUCCCUCAGAGUGAUAGAGGUAUCUGUUGAGAUGAUCUCACUGAAAUCAACUGAGGAGAGAGACCAAGAAAUCAGCAGAAUUGUUGAAUUGGGAAAUGCUUAUAUACAGUCUGGGAGAGACACGCUAAUCGUCACCAGCCGCCAACUCAUUACCGGAAAAACUCCUGAAGAAAGCUUAGAAAUUAAUUACAAAGUGAGCUCAGCACUAGUAGAGAUUGUGCGAAGAAUUGAUAGUCGACCCCGUUACAUCCUUGCAAAGGGAGGAAUCACUUCAUCUGAUCUUGCUACAAAAGCUUUGGAAGCUCGGCGUGCCAAAGUAAUGGGACAAGCUUUAGCUGGUGUGCCUUUGUGGCAGCUUGGCCCUGAGAGUAGACAUCCUGGUGUCCCCUACAUUGUUUUUCCUGGUAAUGUUGGUGAUAACAGUGCUCUUGCAGAAGUGGUCCAGAAUUGGGCUUGCCCUUCUAGAAGUUCAACAAAAGAACUUCUCCUUGACGCGGAGAAGAGUGGCUAUGCAGUUGGUGCUUUCAAUGUAUAUAAUCUUGAGGGAAUUGAAGCUGUAAUUGCAGCUGCCGAGGCUGAAGAAAGUCCUGCUAUCCUGCAGGUUCAUCCCAGUUCCCUGAAGCAAGGUGGAGUUCCGUUGGUAGCAUGCUGCAUUGCUGCAGCAGAACGAGCCAGCGUACCUAUCACUGUCCAUUAUGAUCACGGGGCUGACAAGCAUGAUUUGCUUGGAGCUCUUGAAAUGGGAUUUGAUUCAGUCAUGGUGGAUGGUUCCCAUCUAACUUUAGAAAAGAACAUCUUAUACACAAAGAACAUAUCUUCCCUGGCUCAUGCUAAAGGCAUGCUUGUGGAAGCUGAACUUGGGAGACUAUCAGGCACUGAAGAUGGCCUGACAGUUGAAGAAUAUGAAGCGAGAUUUACUGAUAUUGCUCAGGCUGAGCAGUUUAUUGAUGAAACUGGUAUUGAUGCAUUAGCAGUAUGCAUUGGGAAUGUUCACGGAAAAUAUCCUCCCAGUGGACCGAACCUGAGACUUGACUUGCUAAAGGAACUUCGCGCAUUAACUAUGAAGAAAGGAGUUAGCUUGGUACUUCAUGGAGCAUCUGGCCUCCCUCAUGAACUUGUAAAGGAGUGCAUAGAUUUGGGGGUGAGGAAAUUCAACGUGAACACGGAGGUCCGCAACAGCUACCUGCAGUCACUCAAGAAGCCAGAAAAGGACCUGGUUCAGGUCAUGGAGUCUGCCAAGGAAGCAAUGAAAGCUGUUGUAGCAGAGAAGAUGCGCCUCUUCGGAUCCGCAGGCAAAGCCUGAAUGUAGCGAUACAAUGAAAACUGGAGCCAGCAACACUCCAUCAUUAGGUGUUGCAUGCCCAUUUUAGCGAUCCUGCUAGGCUUGUGACAGCGAAUUGCCGGAACCAGUUUCUUAAUAAAGCACUGAUACAGUUGCCUGAAGAAAUAAAGUAGCAAAAAUUAGUAAAUCGCAGCAACUUACCGGUGCUCCCGUUCAUGGUUGAGUGAUUAGUUUUGCCUUUAA